AUGAUGCUCCAUGGUGGCUUCCGCGUCGUCGCCAACGAGUUCAGAAGCUCUAUGGAACUUUUAGAGACUACUGUUUGCAGGGUGGCCCCUGUGGAAGAGUCGUUACGCGCAGGGAGCCCAUGCGCUCUGCUGACAUCUGCCAUGCGCCUUUCGGGGCAUGGCAAGGAUUUAAUCCUGUGCGGCCAGAGUUUCGGAGCAACAGUUGCCUGGACCCUCGCGAUGCGGCUGGCGACUUGCGGCCUCGAAAUCCGCGUCAUCGUGAGCAUGGACUGCAGGAGCAUCAGCAUCACCUCGCUCGAUGUGGCCUUUGCUAUCCCACGGAGCCUUUUGGAAUCCCUUGCACCUAAGCAUGUGCGGCUGGCCCUGGUUGCCAGAUGCCUUUGUGCUGGACGAGGCAGCUUCAGGACACUGACCACUUUGGGACAUUCGACGCUGCAUCCAGCACUGCAUCCGCAGGCGCAGGCGUUGCAAGAAGCGGAAGCCGCGUUCGGGGGGUCGAAGUUAUAUCUGACUGCAAGAUACUGCAAGAACCCAAGAGGACCUGAGAAGUGUUCAGCUUUUGGAGCUCCAUCCAAACUCCAGCUUCCAUCCGCAACGACAUGCUUCCGCAUCUGCUUCCAACUUUGGGCUCGGAGGUCAAGGAUGCCAACGAGCCAUGGCGACCUCACUGCAGACACCACUACCUCUUGUUGA